GAGCAUUCAAGACUAUCACCUCUGCACAUCUCACGUCCUCCAAUGCCAGUAUCCGCAUAGCUGGCUCUUCGGAACUGCUUGCUCAUUCUCUGGAAAACAGGAGAAGUGCUGAGGAGCUUGAAAGUAGUCUUAUAGACCAUGAUUCAGGACUGGAAGUACUGCAGAAUAAAAUGGCUGUCACUCCAAACUUAACUCCAGUAAUUAAUAAGAUUUGCAGUGGUGUUAGAUCAGAAGUUUGCACUCCCAGGGAAUGUGUUGGAAAUCUGUGUCCCCAUCCAAAUGCAACUGGAUGUGGCCCAGGUCUGAGCUGCGGAGGAAUCCUUGCCCUUUCUAGCAGUUCCAUCCAAACUGCCAGGAAAACCACCCAGGAAUUCCACAAUUUAAAUAUCCAACUUCAGGAGACUGAACAAAUGAUCAGAGCUGCUGAAAUGGCUUCCAGCAAGAUUCAGACUAAUGCCCAAAACUUGAGAAAUCAAAUGAGCACCGUUAGGACACAGAUAGAGGCAGACAUCCAGCGUAUUCAGCAGUUCAUCCGCCAAGUUCGCAACUUCCUAUCAGAUCCAGACACUGAUGCUACCACCAUUCAGCAAGUGAGCAAUUACAUCCUGUCCCUCCGUCUUCCAACUGACACUGGCACAAUUCUCAGUAAAGUCACUGAGAUUCAGAAUCUGAUUGCUAAGCUGCAGUGUCCUGACAGCAUCAUUGCCCAAACUGCUGGGGAUAUAGCUAAGGCCAAACAGCUUCAGCAGGAGGCUGAAGAAGCCAGGAACCAGGCCAGUACUAUUGAAGGCAAUGUGGAUGAUGUGCUGCAGAAAUUGAAGCAAGCAAGCACAGCACUUCAAGAAGCUGAACAUACUAUCCAUGCCUCUGCUUUUCCCCUCCAGCGUAUCCAAAGUCGCCUUGAUGAAAUCCAGACCAUCCUUACUCCAGCUCAGGAGAAUGUGCGGGAUAUCACCAAUCAGCUGGAUAGCUUCACUGAGAGACUUGCCCAGUUACAGCACAAGGCAAGCCAGAAUCAGUUAUUGGCUGCAGAUGCUCAGCAGCAAGCAACAGAAGCCAGCAAGCAAGCAAAAAGCACUCAGCAGGUAUUUGAGCAACUGAAGGGCAAAUACACGGAACUGAAGAGGCAAGCAACACAAAGGCCAAAUCUAGGAGUCCAAGGAGCCCGAAUUCAAAGUGCCCACACAGAGGCCAACACAUUGUUGAAAGAAGCCUUGAAUAUGAUGUCCAAAAUGGGAGCUUUAGAAACAGAGAUACGAGAGAGUAACAACGUAUUCAUCCUCAAGUCAACCAGGCUGGAAGGCCUGGAGAAGAAAGUGGAAACAAUUCGUAAUCAUAUCAGUCAACGAGCUGCGUAUUAUGCCAGUUGUACAGAUUAGAACAUUUUCUGCUCCUUUUGUGACCAAUCCUUCUCCCUGCCUAAUUUAUCAAGUUUAUUUUUUCCUAUCUGCAAAAAAAAUAUAUCCAUCAUGUACAGUGGUAUCUCGGUUCACGAACUUAA